AACACAUAGUUUUCCCAGGAAAAAAAUUUUCCUUCAAAACAAACAGUCUUAAGAAUUCGGUUCCCAUAUCCUUAUUUGUCUUCAUCACGGAAUUGGGUUGCCAUGGCAAAUACAAGAAAGCACACUGCUCUUCUCGUCAUUGACAUGCAGAAAGAUUUCGUGGAAGAGGAUGGGCUGACGAGAGUAGAUGGAGGCAAAGCAAUAGUUCCAUCUGUUAUCAAGGCAGUGGAGGUGGCCAGGGAGCUUGGCAUCUUUGUAGUUUGGGUUGUUCGGGAGCAUGAUCCACUGGGAAGAGAUGUUGAGCUCUUCCGCAGACACUUCUAUGGUCCUGGGAAAAUAGGUCCAGUCAGUGAGGGGAGUGUGGGAGCAGAACUGGUUGAUGGCCUUGUGAUCAAGGAAGGGGAUUAUAAGCUGGUGAAGACACGAUUCAGUGCAUUCUUUGCUACCCAUCUUCAUUCAUUCCUCCAGAGUAACGGGAUUAAUAGUGUAGUUAUAGUUGGUGUUCAAACUCCAAAUUGCAUUAGACAGACGGUCUUUGAUGCAGUAGCAUUGGAUUAUCAAUCUGUUACUGUAAUUGUUGAUGCCACUGCUGCUGCCACACCUGACAUACAUUUUGCCAAUAUACGCGACAUGAAAAAUGUGGGAGUCGCAACCCCAACGUUACAGGAAUGGCGUGAGUCCAAUGCUUGAUCUGAAUUUGGCAGCCAAAUCAGGUUCCAAAUUUAUCGUCUUGUGUAUGUACAAGUGUAGGGUGAUGGUGCAUAAGCUGCUUUGCCUCUUUCUGCUUGAAUCUAUGUACUGCAUAUUACUUCAUGCCUAUGCCAUUUAUAAUACUAAAAGCUGCUUCCAUAUUAUGAUUA